AGAGAGAGAGAGUUUGCACCCAAAAAAUUAUUGAACAAAAGGACAAGCUCACAUGACCCAAAACCUCAUCCUUUCAUGGGCCCCUACGUAUAAAAUUUCUUCUUCUUCUCUCUCUCUCUCUCUCUUCUCUCAUUCCAGUAGUCUUUCUUCUGAAGAAGAAAAAUGGUAGACGGAAUUUGAUGUUUGCUUUCUCUCCCGCUCUCUCUCUUGUAACUGCUAAAUACUUGUAAGGAAGCUUCAAGGAAGGGUUUGAGUUUUCUGUCCUGGUCAAGGAAGGCACCGACCCUUUUAUAUAGUCUGCUGCUCAGACUGAGACCUCUCUCUCCUCCCUUUUGGGUCUUUAGGGCCUCAGCUAGAGAUCUGAGAAGUACUUAAAAGAUAACAAUUUUCAAAAGGGUAUUUGCAGUAAACAGGCAGUAGGGUUUGGAUUGAGAUAAGAUCAUGAUCCACUGUGAAUUUAUCUGAGAGAGGCUGAUCAUCAAAUUGGAGAGGUUCAAGUCCAUCUCAUUCAAAUUAAUUUCAACUCAUCAUAUCAUCAGCAAUCAUGGAGUUUGUGCAACGAGAUCAAAAAGGGUAUUCAGAUAAGGAAGAUCAAGAUCAAGAAGAUCAAGAGGAAGAGGAUAUAAUUUCCAGUAAGUUCUCUUCUUCAUCUCAUAAUUAUAAUAACAGCAAUUAUGGGUCAUCACCAAAGUACAAAGCCACUUUUGUUCCUCCUCCUCCUCCUCCUCUUCCUCAUCAUCAUCAGUACCAGCAGCGAAAGCCAUGGGCUGUUCAUAAUCAUGGGUCUCCAGAAGCCAUCAACUUCAUGGACCUAUCACUAAACCAUGAGCAAGCAACAGCUGAUGGAGCCAAUAACAACAACAAUUGGCCUCCAAACUCUGAAAGAGAGCACAUGUUUGACAAAGUUGUCACGCCAAGUGAUGUGGGAAAACUCAACCGGCUAGUCAUUCCUAAGCAACAUGCCGAGAGAUACUUCCCGCUUGACUCUACAGCCAACGACAAGGGCCUCCUCUUGAACUUCCAAGACCGGACCGGGAAGCCGUGGCGGUUUAGGUACUCCUACUGGAACAGCAGCCAGAGCUAUGUGAUGACCAAAGGGUGGAGCCGUUUUGUGAAGGAAAAGAAGCUGGAUGCCGGUGACGUUGUGUCGUUUGAGCGCGGGGUUGGGGACUCAGGUAAGGACCACUUGUACAUUGACUGGAGGCGCCGCCCUCCCCCUCCUCCUCCUCCGCCACAUCAUCAGCACCAUGGACAGUUUGGUAAUUGCAAUGACAGAUGUGGUGGAGGCGGAGGCAGGCUAUACUCCCUGCUUCAGCGGCCGCCUCCAUCCAUGAUGUCCAUGCCUCUUAGACACCAUGACCAUUUUCAUCCAAGCAACAAUGUUCAUCAUCCGUACCAUCAUCAUCACCACCAGAUCAUGAACCAUCAAUAUUUGCAGCAUCAGAUUCAUCAUCAAUUGCAAGUGGAGAGGGAUCAAGUGGUUCAUCAUCAUCAUCAGUAUCCAAUGGUGAUUGAUUCUGUGCCGUUUGUUCAACAUGGGAAGAUGAGUUCCAGUGGAGCUAGCGCUGGUGCCUCUACCGGUAAGCGGCUUAGGCUAUUCGGUGUGAACAUGGAGUGUUCUCCAAACGUUGAAGAAGAUCGAACAGAUGAACAUCAAUACCAGAUAUUGCCUUCAACAGCAAUACCAUAUAAUCAUCUUCCUUCCUCUUCGCUUUCUGCUCCUCUUGAAUUAAGGCUGCCCAAUACUAUUGGUGCCAACCAAAUACCACUGCCCAAUACAGGUGCAGCAGAUCAGUACCUCUCAAAGAAAGGGAAAUCUACUUCCUUGUCGUUUUAUUUGGAUCCCUAGCUAGGCUAUCUAUAUCUAGCUUAGCUAGCAGAGUUAAUGAUUUGCUGCCAAGGAAAAUAUAUAUGAACAGAUUAUAAAUCAUGGGUUCACUCUCUUCUCUUCAACUAAGGCUACCCAAAUGAUGCCCCUACUGCUCACAUGGUGUAGCUGCAGUCUGCAGAGGGCCUUUCAAAGAAAGGGAAAAUCUACUUUCCUUGUCGUUUUAUUUGGAAUAUAUAUAUAUAUAAAUAUAUAUCCGAAGCUAUAGGCUAGCAGAGUUCAUUUCUUGUGAAUUGGCACAAUAUAUUUUACAAAACGAAGUGAACAAGCAUUUUCCUUACAGCAUUGUACUAGUAGUCAAUUUGCAGUUCGAUCGAAUUGA